CAUGAAAUUGCUCUGCUUUCCGCGGCUCUUUCGAAAUUCGUGAUGUCUGGACGGUUUUCAACUGAGGCAGCGGCAGGAAUAUUUGUUGUGUGACAUAAGCUGACUCCUUUUCGAGGGAAAUGACUGACAGAAAGCAGUGUUCCUACGUAUUACCUAAAAAGCGGAGACGCUGUCGCAUGAAAGCAUUCUCCGAAUACGACUACUGCGGAGAACACCUUCUAAUCGCAGAUGUGACACUGGAUUCAGACCAUGAAAGGAUAGUAUGCCCAUUGGAUCCUACUCAUACCUGCUUCGUGUCACUUCUAGAAAAACAUCUUAAAAAAUGCAACGCGAGACAUAAAAACAACCAGGUGUAUUUUGUGGAGAAUUGCAACUCUGGCAUUCAGACCCCUAUUGCAGUUCAUAAGGUUGCACUAAACGACCUGUCCGACGAACAACUUGAAGCAGUCAUAACAAAAAUGGACUCUAUAUACAAAAAACAUGUCAACGAACCCCACUGGCACCUGAACUGUGCGGGUGAGGAGCUAGAAGAAGAAAUCGAUCGUUUUUCCGGUUCAUCUGUGGCCGUAAAACACUUGAGGCAGCAGGCUGCACUAUUGGGCCUGGCCAGGGAACACAACCUGCUAAGCUUAGAGGAUGUUUGUUAUGCAGAAUUUGGAGCUGGAAGAGGACGACUCGCAUAUUGGAUUGCAAAGAGCAUACCUGAACAGGGGUGCAGUGUCCUCCUAGUGGAUCGUGCAGCACCAAGACACAAGUUUGAGAACAAGCUGGACGACAGUUUCACAGCAGUGGAGAGGAUAAGGAUCGACAUCCAGCAUCUAGAGUUAGGAAAUGUGGAGAGCGUGAAAAGACACAGAGGCAAUGUGGUUGGGUUCUGCAAGCACCUCUGUGGCGAAGCAACCGAUUUUGCUCUACGAUGCAUGACGACAUCCAAAAGUAGCAGAGAUACAGAGUUGCACCUACAAGGGGCAGUGAUGGCAGUGUGCUGCCACCAUCGGUGUUCUUGGAAUUCCUUCGUCGGCCGAUCCCACCUGGAACUCUGGGGCAUCUCUCAGGCAGACUUCGCCGUCCUGCGUUGCCUGGCCGGAUGGGCUACGUGCGCCUGUUCCCAGGAUGGGUCAAAGUCUGAAAAGGAUGAGGUCGAUGAGAAUGAACAGAAAGAAGGAAGCAACGUACAAAGGGUCACCCGUUUGUGUCUGUCCGUGGCCGAGAGGCAGGAAAUCGGCAGGCGCUGCAAGCUGCUCCUAGACACGGCUCGUGUGGCCUACCUCACCCAGUUGGGCUUCAGGGCAAGCGUGGUGUACUUUGUGACACCGUGUGUGACACCCGAGAAUGUCGCCAUCUUGGUUCUCCCUCCUUCACAGGUGACGGGUGCCUCUGAUUAGGACGGCCGUUUCAGUUGUACGCGUGUCAGGAUAUUUCCACCGAGAAAAUCUGUGACUGUUAACAGUGGGAUCACAUUAUGCUCUUCCUUCUGCACUGUCGAGCACUUCGUUAAGUGCCAGCUCAUCUCCAUAGCAGUACGGUCACGCACACUCAUUGCCAUCUUCAUUGUAACUGUAAUCUCAACAUACUAAUCUCUGAAAGCAACAACAACAACAACAAAAAAGGAACUUAAAGGAAUUUGUGUACAUAGUCGGGAAAAUACGUGAAAACAUGCAAACGAAGUUGAAGCUCUUAAUUUUUUUCCCCUUCCCUUAUUGUUAUUGAAAUGCAUCUUAACCAAGGUAAUACUACGUAUUCAUGUUCAACCUGAGAGCAGCACUGCCAUUAUGUCUUUUUCUUCCUCUAUUGACUAUCGUCACUUGUCCAAAUCACUUUUGUAAUUAAAUAAAUUAUCCCCCCCGAAAAGAAGACAUGCCAUACUAUCUCACAAGGGCUUUCUUCAUUAAAUGUAAUGAGAAAAUACUAUAACAGUCUUCUACAGCUUAGUUUGAACUCAACAGCAGACCGAUAUUUCGAGUCUCCAACACUUCCUUGGCAAGUCUUUGUUGAUUGGACUGGCAUAGUGCACACUUUACAUAGUGUAUCACAAAAUAUGUCUCCUCUGGUACAACCAAUAAAUUUAUAGCACUGCGA